AUGACCGAGUCGAACGGCGAUCUGAUUGGCGGCUUGAACGAGAAUCCAAACAGCGAGUCGAUUAUCAGGUCACAUGACUUCAAUUCUGGGGGAAGAUCAGAAACGAAGGCAAUGUUGAAGUUUUCGAGCUGGGUGGUGAGACCUUGGAAGAUUGGGCGGUUGGUUGGUUUCGGGAUCAAGCAAUUUUUAGCGGAGGAAGGGGGGUACUCUUUAAACACGGCCUGGGCCACGGCCAGACCGGCCAAUUCCAUCAGCUGGUCGAUGGAGAACCCCAUUGACGACAUCAGCUCUUUGUCCAGCAGUGCGGCCUUUGCAGCCUCGAUGGUUCGGAAAGACAUUGGAGACGAUAUUUUUGGACCUGAAUCGAUUCCCAAAAAAGCCGGACCGCAGCAUGGCAGACAAAAAUCAUCAAGCUAA